AUGUGGGCGUCUAUAUUUGGAGGUAAGGGGAACACGAACAAGGAGUUGCCGAAGAAGGCGAUCAUUGAGCUGCGGGAGCACAUCAACCUGCUGUCGAAGAAGCAGGCGCAUCUGCAAGGGCAGAUCACUGCGCAGGAGAACGAGGCACGCAAGUUCCUGACGAGGGGCAACAAGACUAUGGCGAAGAAUGCGCUGAAGAAGAAGAAAGUGUACGAGGGCCAGCUGGUGAAGCUGGAGUCGCAGAUGGACUCGCUGGAGCAGCAGCUGUUCUCGAUAGAGAGUGCGAACUUGAACCUGGAGACCAUGCGGGCCAUGAAACAAGGUGCGAAGGCUAUGAAGUCGAUACACUCGGGACUGGACAUCGACAGGGUCGACGAGACCAUGGACGAGAUACGCGAGCAAGUCGAGCUCGGAGAAGAGAUCAGCGACGCCAUAUCAAGACCACUGUACACCGGCGCCAACGAGAUAGACGAGGACGAGCUGGACGAAGAACUGGACAUGCUAGCACAGGAAACAGAACCACAGGUAGCUACAAAGGAACAGGCACUGCCCGAGAGCAAACAGGCCCUCUCCAUGCCAAAUAUACCCAACACUAAGAUAGACGAAUCGAAGACCAAAAUCGAAGAAGAAGAAGAGGACGAGGAUGAAAGAGCACUACGGGAACUACAAGCUGAGAUGGGCCUAUGA